UGCUCCAACAGAAUCUCUGCUGAACUGGCAAGAUUAUGAAGGACGAACUCCUCUCCAUUUUGCAGUUGCUGAUGGGAAUGUGGCUGUUGUUGACCUGUUGACCUCCUAUGAAGGUUGCAAUGUAACUUCUUACGAUAAUUUAUUUCGGACUCCUCUUCAUUGGGCAGCUUUACUGGGUCAUGCACAGAUUGCCCACCUUCUUUUAGAAAGAAACAAAGGUGGGACAAUCCCAUCUGACAGCCAAGGCGCAACACCUUUACACUAUGCAGCACAGAGCAACUUUGCUGAUACAGUGGAAGCAUUUUUGAAACAUCCUUCUGUGAAAGAUGACUCAGAUCUCGAAGGAAGAACAUCUUUUAUGUGGGCUGCUGGAAAAGGCAGUGAUGAUGUCAUCCGAACAAUGCUGAACUUGAAAGUAGACAUUGAUAUCAAUAUGGCAGACAAAUAUGGUGGCACAGCAUUACAUGCUGCUGCCCUUUCUGGCCAUGUCAGCACCGUGCAAUUGCUGCUAAAACAUAAUGCCCAGGUAGAUGCGACUGACGUAAUGAAACACACUCCGCUUUUCCGUGCCUGUGAGAUGGGGCAUAAAGAAGUGAUACAAACUCUUAUUAAAGGAGGAGCAAGAGUUGAUUUGGUUGACCAAGAUGGCCACUCUCCCUUACACUGGGCAGCUCUGGGAGGAAACCCCGAUGUGUGCCAAAUAUUAAUUGAAAAUAAAAUCAAUCCCAAUAUACAAGAUUAUGCAGGCAGAACUCCGUUGCAGUGUGCUGCCUAUGGGGGCUACAUUAAUUGCAUGGUGGUGUUGCUGGAGAAUAAUGCAGAUCCAAAUAUUCAAGAUAAAGAGGGAAGAACAGCAUUACACUGGUUAUGUAAUAAUGGCUACCUUGAUGCUAUAAAAUUGUUGCUAGGAUUUGGUGCCUUUCCUAACCAUAUGGAGAGCAAUGAAGAAAGGUAUACUCCACUUGAUUAUGCCUUACUUGGAGCUCAUCACGAAGUAAUUCAGUUCAUGUUGGAGCAUAAUGCACUAUCCAUAGCUGCCAUACAGGACAUUGCUGCCAUCAAAAUACAAGCAGUCUAUAAGGGAUACAAAGUUAGAAAAACAUUUCAAGAUAGGAAAAAUCUUCUUAUGAAGCAUGAACAGCUGAGGAAGGAUGCUGCUGCUAAGAAACGUGAGGAAGAAAACAGAAGGAAAGCCUCCGAGCUACAGAAAGAAAUGCAGAACUCCAAGACCGACAAGCUCCAAAAAGAGCAGCAGGAUCUCUCAGAGACAGAGAAAUGCCGUGUGAAACACCCCAUCCCACAGUCACCUCUUCCACAGAGCAGCAUAUCUGAAAGCCAAGCAGGGAAAAGCAGAAGAAGCUCAAACCCAGGUUUCCCAAACAAAGUAGCAGUAAAAAAUAAAUCUGGUUCCCUAGAGCUGCUUGGUGAAGAUCACAAAAUACAAAUAGAGUUAUCCAAGGCAAACAGCAAAAGCAAGUUUCCCUGUCUCCCUUUUCAUUCUAGAAAGGAAAACAAUGGGUCUAAACAGCAGGCUGAAAUUAAGCAUCAAACUGUAUCUGCUACUUUAGGCAGCCGUAAUAAAAAACACAAGGAGCCAAAUGCAAGAACAACUGGCAGCUUCACACAUGCCAGGAAAAGGCAUAACUCCAGCAUGAAAGCUGCGAGCUCCAGGGAGAAAUCAGAAAAUCAAAGCCAGUCAAUAAACAAUUAUCCAAACUAUUGUGAAGGAACAGCAGCUUGCAUUCAGAAUGGUAACUGCACUAAUGGAGGCACAAGGAAUUUGAGCCAAUGCGACACAGAAAAUAAGGGAAACCCUUGGCAGCUGAAGGCAAGAAGCAAAGGAAUAAAUGAUGAGAGAUGGUCCCCUGCUGGCUCCAGUAGGCCAGGUAGUGCCAGAGGAAGAGGUAUGAACAACAGAAGUGACACUUCAAGUCCUGCAGUGAGACAUACCAGCAAGCUGGCAAACAACAAGGCCUGUCUGUUGCCUGUCAACAACGCAAGGACUAUUAGACUUUUGCCUGACAGAAUGGCUGUAGGUGCUGACUCUAAAGACAGUUCCAAGCUGGACAGGAAUGUUCUAAUGUCACCCAGGAAUUCAGAGGAUCAGCUCUGUUUUGUUCAGCACAAGAGCAGAGAUACUGAACCUGUCCCAUUCGAAACCCGUAAGCAGAUGAUAGAAAAGGAAAGGGCGCGAAAAGAGCUCUUCUGGAUAAAGAACUGUGCAGCAAACAUUAUUCAAAGAGCUUGGAGAAGCUACCAGUUAAGAAGGCAGUUCCUUCAGCUUUUUAGUUUUAAGCGACAGUGCAAAGAAGAUGAAGACAAAUGGCGACAAGAAGCAGCUGCUUUUUGCAUCAAGUUUAUUUGGAACAAGCAGUUGAACCCUUACCCCUUGAAAACAGUUACCUCGAGCAAAAAUAUAAAGUCAGUGAACAAAAGCAACUCAGGUGUCAACUCCACACAAAAGCCAUCCACCCUAAGGCAAAUAUAUGGUUGCUCCCAAGAAGGAAGAGUGCAUUGUCCAGUGAGGCCUCCUUCUUCAAAACAUAAAGUUCGUGAACUACAGAUGUUACCAGAAAGUGAACUGCAGUACCUCUGCCUACUGGAGAACACCGGGAAAUUUAGACAGUUUUCAUACAAUCUGAAGUCUAUGACAACUGUCAAAACAAAAUUUACUAGACCAAAAGAUGAGAGCAAGACUGGGCUAUGGAAGAGGGAAAGUUAUUAGUCAUAUAUGGACAUAAAGAUACCUGUAACAUAUUUUUUUAACCAUGAAUUCAUGUAAGUGAUCUUAAAGUGUUCUGGGAUAUGGAAGCUUCUGUAUAUGCUUGAAACAGUAACAAACAUUUAUUAAAUUCUCAAUUACUGGAAAUUUUA